ACAAUUAUUAGUGGUUUGAGUCCUACCUGGAUUUAAAGAAAGCUGAAGGAAGUACUGUUAAUCAUUUGGAAUUAUUGAUUUUAAAAUCAAUUGUGCCCUUUGAUAUUAUAAUAUGGUAAAAUGCAUAUUUUAAGAUUUUGGCAAUUAAGCCCUACUUUCUACUUUCCCAGAGUCAGAUGAACUCUUGCUGCUAAAACUGCACACUGAGACAUAAACAUGGUACCCAUGAGUUAAUCUGACUCUUGGUAAAUAGAAAGAAUUGCUUAAUUGCCAGGAUCUCCAACUAUUCCUCAGACAUGGCCUGCCUAUAGUCAUAGAAGCAACAGGAAAUUGGGAAUCAUAUUGAACUAGCCAUAAUCCAGUGGUCCAGGAAGAACUAAAUCUUGCAAAAAGUUUUGUCAUCACCAGAAGAUGUGUGUUCUACAUUGAAUCCACCUCCGCAGUCGAUAAAAAUGUCAUUUGGAGAAACCAUUGAUUUUAUAAAGGUAGCAUGUCAAACUGAAACCGGCAGCUAAUACGAUUUUGUGGGUGCUAGAACGACAAUUCAGCACCCACUGUGUAAUCUGUAAAUUGGUCAAACUGCACAACCACACAUACAAAAUUGUAUCCCUGCUGGUGGUUAUAAGGAAUUGAUGAUAUAUGAUGAUGGUAUACCAAUCUUUGCUAUUAGUUAUACCUGAUUGGUUUGCUUAGAAAGGUCUGUUUCUUUGGAUAACAUCUCCCCUUUUUAUGACUACACUAUCAGCAGCUGAAGAAAUACUACUCUUGAGUAGGUGAGAGGAACUGUAUUGAAAGUACAUUGUGACGGGCCCUAUCAUGUAUGACACUGCUACACUUAUUGGCAGAUGGUUAGAAGGGAAGGAAAUGCCCUGAGAGAACACAGAUGGGAGUCUGCUUGGCUGCACUAGAUUGUCGAGAAGCCUUUCCUCUCAAACUGAUUCCAUUGUCACCACAGGGGACUUGUCUUCAUUAUGGAGAGAACCAAAUUGACUGUGCGGGCUCUUUUAAUGUAGUUUUUUAACUUCACUCACAGCCCUUAUCAUGAGUUCUGCAGACAAUGCCCUUGCUACGCACCACAUCUGCUCUGGUGAAGAUCAGUCUGGAGCUCUGUGGAAAAGACAUGGACCGUCUGCCAAGGUGGAUCCACUCUCAGGUGUGUGUGCUGCAGCUGGUGUUGUGAAUCAGGCCGAUGCCACACACCUGCUAUAACCCGGCUAUUUCACAACACCAGGGUGGCACUGCACCACUGCCAACGAGAUGCCAAUGGGCAAGCAGCAGAAGCAGCUUUGAGGAGCGGAAGAGUUCCUACGGUUCACCUGAUGAAAUGUCUGCAGUGAUUUUCAAUUCAAUGUCGUGUAAAAGCAUUUGAUUAAAUGUUUUUUUCAUGAUAUUGUGAGUUUUUACUUAAUUUAUUUAAUAAUGGAGGACAAUUAUGCCCCAAGGAGGCAAAUAAACUAAUUUAUUUGUAUUCCAGGAGGAAAUGCUUUGUUAAAAAGUUAUAGUUUCCGGAUAUACAGUAAGUAAUAAAACAAAGUUACAUUUUGGCCCAAAUGCAGUCAGGGGGAUCAACAGUUUUGAAAAGUAAGGCUUCUUUACCAAGAAUUGUCUGCAGGGUCAGCGGUUUAAUGGAAACUCAAUGAAAGGGAACACAUACUGCUGCUGGCACAACAUGGUUGCUCAGCUGAGACUGUAACAGUCAUUUACCAUGCUGUUUUACACAACAUGACCAACUGAUACCAAGGUCAUCCUUUUAACUGAGGCAGUGAAGUGGUAAACACACACCAAAACAUUCCAAGCAUGACUGUUUUGGGGAUAGCUUUUACAUAGCAAGAAUGAGGUCACCUGAAAGUUAUUUCUUAGUGGCAACUUUAUCAAGAUAUAAGUAUUCAAUUAUUUUAUACUGUUUGGUUUAAUACUGAAUGGCUGGCCAAAGGAGAAGACAGGGAUUGUUUAAAUUUAGGUUUUUAUGGUGACGGAUCUCCCAAACUUGUUGCCUUUCCAUGUAAUUCAAUAUAAAUAUUUUCAAUUUCUCCCAUCCUUGGGAGGCUCCUUUAAAUCAAUAUGGAAUAAGAGGAUGGUUAACAGUUCCUCCUCAGAAGCAAUACCUAUGGAGAAGGGUUUACCUCUUCUAUCUUUGUGACUUUCUGCCAAGGUUAUCUUGCCUUAGAUCACAAGUUAAUCUAUGUAAUAAGAAGGUUCACAAGCCCUCGGGGCGUUAGUUAUAAAUACAAAUUGCUCUCAUGGAGUUCCAAAUAGGUUUAGUGAACUGAACAUUCACUUAUCUCAACAUGGCCAAAGGCACUUCCUGCCUUUUUCAAGACAUAUAAAGCCCUCCAUGCCACCAUUUGUUUCCUAUUACAUGAAAACUUUGGUCUUCCACUCCAAAUGGAAGAAGUACCAGCAGCACCAAAUGAGGGGAUAAGCCUCUCUGCUCUUAGAAGCCAGUUCUCCGUGAAUGGGGAAGAAGGACCCAAGUAUGGCUUUGAUGGCAGCAAAUAUCACUACGGCGAUGGGACCAGCGUGGCUUCUCAGAACUCCUCACAGAUCCUCACAGGUUACGACACUCUGGAUGUUGGCCCAAAUUAUGACUUCUAUGCGAACACAAAUGCCCAAGGGAGGGUGCGUCGAUCAAGACCAUCCCUCUUUCAGCUUCACUCCAACAUUGAAGAGGAUUCCUGUCCCCCUCCUCUGUAUGAGGAGACCAACACAGGCAGAGCACCUGGGGACAGCUCAGAAGAUGAUGUUGAGGAGCCUCAGUCAGAACCCACCAGGUUUGGAUGGGUGAAGGGAGUCAUGAUCCGCUGCAUGCUCAACAUCUGGGGGGUGAUCCUGUACCUGCGGCUGCCCUGGAUCACUGCGCAAGCAGGGAUUGGUUUGACCUGGGUCAUCAUUCUGCUGUCCUCCUGCAUCACUGGCAUCACGGGCUUGUCCACCUCCGCCAUCGCCACCAACGGAAGGGUCAAAGGAGGUGGAACCUACUUCCUAAUCUCUCGUAGCCUGGGGCCAGAGCUGGGAGGAUCCAUUGGACUCAUCUUUGCCUUUGCAAAUGCUGUGGCAGUUGCCAUGCACACUGUGGGCUUCGCUGAGACUGUGCAAGCAUUGAUGCAAGAGAGUGGUGCUAGCAUAGUGGACCCCAUUAAUGAUAUUCGCAUCAUUGGAGUGAUCACUGUCACAUGUCUGCUGGCCAUCUCAUUGGCUGGGAUGGAAUGGGAGGCCAAGGCCCAGGUUCUCUUUUUCAUCGUCAUCUUGGUGUCCUUUGCUAAUUACAUAGUGGGGACCAUUAUUCCCGCUACACCUCAGAAGCAAGCAAAGGGCUUUUUCAGUUACCAAGCGGAUAUAUUUGCUGAAAACUUUGUACCCAACUGGCGUGGGCCUGAAGGCAACUUCUUUGGCAUGUUCUCCAUCUUCUUCCCCUCAGCCACAGGGAUCCUGGCAGGAGCCAACAUCUCUGGGGACCUAAAGGACCCUACAGUAGCUAUUCCAAGAGGAACAUUGAUGGCUAUAUUCUGGACCACUUUAUCUUAUCUCAUCAUAGCAGCAACUAUUGGAGCCUGUCUGGUACGAGAUGCGUCUGGAAUUAUGAAUGACACCUUGGCCAUGUCUAGUGCUGAUAGCUGCCAGGGUCUGGCCUGUCAAUACGGCUGGGACUUCACUGACUGCAUUACUAACAGAACCUGCACUUAUGGCCUCAGCAACCAGUACCAGAGUAUGAGUUUGGUGUCAGGGUUCGCCCCUCUGAUCACUGCUGGGAUAUUUGGGGCCACUCUCUCCUCAGCCCUGGCCUGCCUGGUCUCUGCACCCAAAGUCUUCCAGUGCCUCUGCAAAGACAACCUGUAUCCAGUCAUUGGUUUCUUUGGGAAGGGUAAUGGAAAAAACGACGAACCAAUCAGAGGCUACGUCCUGGCGUACAUCAUUGCUGUCUGCUUCGUUCUCAUUGCUGAGCUCAACACCAUCGCUCCCAUCAUCUCUAACUUCUUCCUGUGCUCCUACGCUCUCAUCAACUUCAGCUGCUUCCAUGCCUCCAUCACCAACUCCCCAGGCUGGCGUCCCUCCUUCAGGUUCUACAGUAAGUGGAUGUCCCUGCUGGGUGCCGUGGUGUCUGUGAUCAUCAUGUUCCUGCUCACCUGGUGGGCGGCGCUCAUCGCUAUUGGCAUCGUCAUCUUCCUGUUGGGAUAUGUGCUCUACAAGAGACCCUCUGUAAACUGGGGAUCAUCAGUACAAGCUGGGUCAUACAACAUGGCAUUGUCCUACUGUGUGAGCCUGAACCAGGUGGACGAUCAUAUCAAGAAUUACAGACCUCAGUGCCUGGUCCUCACUGGUCCGCCCAGUUGUCGUCCUGCAUUGGUCGACUUUGUCGGAACCUUCACCAAAAAUCUAAGCCUGAUGAUAUGCGGGAAUGUUGUCACUGGAGGUCCUUCUCCCGCAACCUUGGACACUGCCAGUAGCAACAGUCAUGUUACCUGGCUGAACAAACGGCAGAUCAAAUCCUUCUAUCACGGUGUGGUGGCUAAUGACCUGCGCACUGGGGUUAAGAUGCUGCUCCAGGGUGCAGGUUUGGGUCGGAUCAGGCCGAAUGUCCUCUUGACGGGCUUCAAAAGGGACUGGCGUAAGGACAAACCAUCCUGCAUUGACAACUACAUUGGAAUUCUACAUGAUGCGUUUGACCUGCAGUAUGGAGUGUGUGUGCUGCGGAUGAGGGAGGGUCUGGAUGUGUUUCGGCAGGCACAAACACAUGUUAACCCUGGGUUUGAGGCAAGCCCAGAGAGGGGUGUCAACACCAGUGUCCCCCCUGCACCCCCUGCAAAUUUUUCAUUGGACCCUGAUGCCAUGGUGACUGAGCCUCAGCCUCAGCCUUCUACUGUGUUCCAGUCCCAGCAAGGGAAAAAGACCAUUGAUGUGUACUGGCUGUUCGAUGAUGGAGGUCUGACGUUGCUACUUCCCUACCUGCUCACACGGAAGAAGCGCUGGGCAAGGUGCAAGGUACGCGUCUUUGUGGGCGGAGACAUCCAGCGAAAGGAGGAGCAAAGAAAAGAAGUCAUGGACCUCAUCAGCAAGUUUCGCCUUGGUUUCCAUGAUGUUGAGGUUCUGCCUGAUAUCAAUGCAAGACCACAACCUGAACAUGUGAGGAGGUUUGAGGAUCUGAUAGGGCCCUACAGGAUUAACACAGCCCAGAAGGAUGGACAUGUAACAGCUGAGCAGCUGAAUCAGGACUGUCCCUGGAUGGUGUCUGAUGAGGAGAUAGAGACAAAUAAGCCCAAGACCCUUCGACAGAUUCGUCUGAAUGAAGUUCUUCAAGAUUACUCAAGGGACGCCGCCAUUAUAAUUGUGACCAUGCCUGUGGGAAGGAGAGGGCAAUGUCCCAGUGCUCUGUACAUGGCAUGGCUGGAGACUUUGUCUCGUGACCUGCGCCCACCAGUCUUACUGGUGAGGGGAAACCAAGAGAAUGUGCUCACCUUCUAUUGUCAGUGAUAUCUGUUUUAACCAGGUUCAAUGAAAUCACCCAAUGGUCAAGGAAAAUAACAUUGUUAUUGUCAUAAAUGAUAAUGCAAUUAGAUGUGCUCUGGUAGAAGUCCUCUGGUUAUGACAUUUCACGUGUUUCAUUAUCAUCAGUACUAGACACUUUAGCCAUCUGUGAAAAAUGUGAUUAGAUUUAACGUCAUCAUCAUCAUCAGUACCAGAAGCAUUGUUGUCAUUAUCAUCAUUAAGCAGAAGUAAAAGAAAAAAACAUUCUUGACUGUUAAACGUGUGCUUGAUGAUAGAAGUUUUGAAGUGUAACACCAGUGUGUAUUUUUAAUUGUCUAUACAUUUUUAUUGUGCCUAUUUAAUUUGGAACGUAAGCAACAAAUGUAAAUGGGAUAACUAGGCUUCUUGUAUUGUGUACCCCCUUGAAAACAUCCCAAUGUCACAAUCAUCAUUCCAGAUCAUUCCAGUUUGAAAUUGAAAUGUCCAUUUGAGUCCCCUGAGAAAAACAGUAAUCUUAUCAAACAAAGUACGAACUGUUUUUUUCUUCAAAUGGGUAUAGAAUACACAGAGGUGUAAAGUACUUAAGUAAAAAUACUUUAAAGUACUACUUAAGUAGUUUUUUGGGUUAUCUGCACUUUACUUU